UCGUUCCGGCCAGAUCAUUCGCGGUCUGACGCCAGUUCGAGAAGCUUUGGCUCGUUGUGAUACAAGUGUGAAAAGGAUAUCUUCGGUUUAAACCCGCUCAAAAUUGGAAAAGGCACAACGUGUGCCAGGUGCUAAAUUUGUGAUUGAUUUGGUGGAAGCAAGUGAAGUGGGGUCACCAUGCGUGCUAUUAUGUUGCUAUCCUGCCUGACCCUGCUAGUCUGUGUCCAGGCAGCAGUGACAGGACCUGAGGCUCGUUCCAGUGUGGACUCCAAGGAUCAACAGCUAGCCACUGCAAGUGUGGGAAUCCUUGACUCCGUGCUGCGAGGCAAGAGUCGUCAGUCGCGUUGCGUGAGAUGCUACGAGGAUAGGGAUAGGGAUCGGUACUACAGUGGAUACUCCAGUCGAACGGGCGAUGAUAUGCGCGGCAGUGCCUGGUAUUACUCCGGCUAUGAUGACCGCAGCAGCAGCAGGGAUAGGGACUACGACAGGUACUACGAUCGAUCUCGUUACUAUGAGGAUCGCUAUUCACCAAGGACUUAUGAUCGUUACGAGGGACGUGGCUAUGAUGAUUACAGAAGGGGAUCUGGCUAUGGAGGAUCUUAUGAUAGGGAAAGAGGAUAUGGAUAUGACAACAGGGAUCGGUACUACGGAGGUGAUCGGUAUAGCGAGGGGUCUUCCAGAGACCGAUACUACGAUCGCUCGAGGUCCGGCGGCUAUGAUCGCUACGAUCCGUACGAUCGCUACUACUCCAGGUAUGAUUUUCGCAACUAUCGUCCUUGGGAUGAAACCUACAGGGGUCAAUCCGGUUUCGAUAACUCCGGACGUGGCUAUUACUUUGCCGGCGAUGAUGAUGACAGCGAUAGGAAUCGAGGAUAUGGCUAUUCCUACUCGCGACCCUCCUCCUCUUCGAUGAGUUCACCCUGCGGCCGCAUCUCCGGUAAUUGUCCUUAUGCCGGCGGCUCCAAGGUCACCUCCCCGGCCAUUGGCAGUGAUAGUUCCCGUGUAGGUGGCCAUACCAAUGUAAUGGGAUCGGAUGGUGGUCCGGGCAGUUGGACAUAUCUGGGAGAUCAGGAUAAGGUCGGAGGCAGUAGUGGGAGCAGUAGUGGCUCUGGAGGGAGCAGCAGCAGCAGCAGUAGCAGCAACAGCGGCUCAAGCGGCAGCGGUGGCAGUCGGGAUCGGGAACGGGAACGGGACAGGGAGCGGGAUGCACAGAGCUCUUCCUAUGGUAGCCGACCACGUCCUCUAGGCGUUAGCUAUCUGCUCGAACGGGACGCGGACACUCCAUCGGAUGGAACAGGAAAUACGGCGAAUGCCGCCGCAAAUGGUGGAAGUAUUGGUGGUGGUGGUGGUGCCGGUGGUCAGAGCAUGCCCAUCCCAGCUGCCCAGACAGCCGCCGAGGGAAGUUCCGGCACAGCUGAGCAGCAGUAACUGGAAAAGGGUACACAGAUCCAAAUCCAAAUCCAGGAACAGAUACAGUGCAGCGGCAGCGGGAGAGAUGACGCCGACCAGUGGGCGUAGCAGGGCUUAGUGUAACCUACCGUCCGUAUUUAUGUGUAAUUCGUAAGCUAAGUCUCCAAAGAAACUAUUUAUGUGUGGCACAGCUUUGCUCAAAUAAACAAUUUUCAAAGAUCCUCAAGAA